ACUUGAGGUCAGCUGAGACGACUCGGCUACAAAAAUCUCGACAAACUACGUGGUUUCUAAAUAGACGUCAUGUAGUUGUUUUGACACCAACAAUCCUUCGAAGUGUUAUCAUAAGUUUGAUCUGAUACAGUGUAACCAUGAGGAUUUAAAAAAGAAGACAGGCAAUGCCCUGUAAAAACGAUGCUCGAGUAGAACCUCGGCUCGCAGGUAUGGCCCUUUCCCUUAACGAACCAAGAUGUUCCUCUGCAGUCAUCCAUUCAUGGACUGUACUCCGCCUGGGUACAGUUGAAGAAUCGGAAUAAGGCAGGACAUCAGUAUCACGUCAACGGCAGCUACGAUAACAUUUCAUCAUGAUUCAUUUAUCAUUUCUGGGAGCUUGCAGUAACUCCGGAAGGCAUCAGGGAUGUCUGACUCAAUUAAAGAUUUUCUAUGGUGGUGGUGAUUAUAUUGAACCAAUGGACUCCAUUUGUUUGUAGACCUAAAGGUCAGAUAUUAACUGAAGGCCAAGAACGAACUUGCUUUGCUCUCAUGAGGUACCUGGAGCAUCAGGUACACAUGGAGACCUUGCAUCUGCCAUCGGUCCAGAUAUGGUUGGGGAAUGAGCUGGAGAGUAGGGGUAUUGACUCCAUGAUCUACUCGCGUCAUAUAAUCCAGCUACUGCAGCAAGAUGACGAAGAAGAGAUUGACUGUCCUGAUUACUUUGAUUUCAACAAGUAUAAACCUAGGGUGAACAAGAAAGGCAAAGUCAAGAAACCAGAGAAAGUGAACCAAGUUAAUUUGGAAAAAACAGAAGACAGGAAAAAGAGUGCUGCCAUUGAAUGUCUUCAGGCAGCUGUAUCAGAAGAGGAUACUGGUAUUGAGAUUUUGGUUGAAGAGCUAUGCACAAAACUGAAAGAAGUUUGUAAACCAGCACAUUUGGAAGACCCUGAAAUUUUGCAGCUUUCUGACAGUUCCACCAGUACUGAUGAAACUGACACAUCAAACAGCAGCCCAGAAUUUUCUGGAGAUCCAGCUGAAAGGUACUAUGCAGCUUUUCCAGCAUUACAUGCACAGGAAAAAUCAGAAUGUGGUGAAUUUUCAUCACUCUACUAUCAAGACAGUGUUGAUGUAUGGAAGAAAAAUCCAAUCACAAUGUCCAGUUGUGAAGGCUUCAUCGGCAAUUUUGACUCUGGAAAUGAAUCGGAGAAAGAUAGCAAACACAGAGCUGGUAAAGACAAAGGAAGCAAAAUAAGAAGUGAAAACAAGUCCAACAAAAGUAGUAGGAAAAAGAAAUUGACUCGUAAUCAGGGAAGAACCACUGGGAAAAAUAAUGAAGUUAUAGGAAAAUUUUGUCGCUUUGCAAGUUGGCCUCAGGAUUGGAAUUAUGCUUCAGAUUCAGCUGUGGACUAUCAUAAAGAAUGUACCAUAGACAGAGAGAGAGAGCUGUGCAGCCAAGUUGAAAACCUUCUGAAAGAAAUUCUUCUUCCACAUGCAAAAUACGAUACACAUCAUCUCUUUGGUAAAGCAAAUAAACCUUGUUAUAGAACAGCACCAGCAUCACUGUCGGAUGAUCGGUUCAGUCCAGAACUGCAGGAAAAAGAUUUCUGGUAUACGCAGCCAUUCGAUGACUUGUUUGAAGCUGAGGAAUCAUCUACCCCAUUUCAUCAAAGACUGUAUAAACGGCACAGUUAUCCGUCAUUUGAAUGCUUUGAUCAGACAGAUGACCAAGACAUUCUCUGCAAUACGUCCAGGCUACCCAAGAAAUGUGAAGUGAAAGAUGAUGCUGACCAACAUUUGGAUGAUGGGAAUGGGAUUGCCGUCGAAGUCACAACUGAUUUGCAAACAACGGUUAUGAAAGACGAUGAAACCCUUGGCGUGCAGUUAUUAAGCCUAGAAGAAACUAGUGAUGGGAAGCUAGAUUCCACAGAUGGAGAUGUGUUUGGCCUGCAGGAUUUGAAUCUAGAUACUACAGUGAGCCAGCAUGAUGCAAGUCUUGAUAAUGAUGACAGUUUUGGUCUUCAAUCUUUGAUGAUGGAGAAAGAAGAAUAUUUUGAAAAUCUGUUGGAAGAAAAUUUACCAGAAAAGGACAUCCUUGUCAUGCCGAUUCAAGAACUUGUCCCAGAUACCCUCUCAAACCCAAAUCAUUCAUAUUUCCUAUCAUCAUCACCUUGGACAGCAACUGAAAAUGAUUUUAGAGAAGUUGUCAUGCCACACAAAGAUGGCACAGAGCAAAAGAGACUUGAAGAUGGUUCAAAUUAUACAUCACCUGUUCAAAACAUAAAUACAGGCUUCAAGACCAGACAAAAUCAAGAGGCUGGCCGUGUUGUCUCUGAUGAAUAUCAAGAUGACAAGUUUUUGAACAGCUAUGAUUAUUACAGGGAAGAUAGUUUGCCUUUCUCAGAUUCUUCAACUUCUGUCUUUGAUUCAGUGUUAAAGUCCAACCGAGACUCCACUACCUCAUCUAACUCGUUAACUUCAGUGACAACCAUGACAGAGCAUGGACCUGACACUGAAUGGACAUCACCCAACUCUGAGGAGAAAACAGCAGUCCCAGACUAUGAUUUAUUCACCAAUCCAUUUUCAUCACUCUAUGCUUCCUUUCAUACCACAGACUUCCUGUCUCCAGCUUCCAAUACAAUUGAUCAUGAAAUCUCCAUACCAGUCGACAGCAAUGAAGCCACCCAAGCAAAUAACUUGCCCAACCAAUUCCUUUUUGGGAGAGAUGCAGAUGUUGUCAGUGGUUCUCAUCUAAGUUGGGAUAUGUGUAGCAGUUCACAAUUAGCUUUUGGUGGAAAGGCAUCACAGCUGUGGGAUGUAAACUACCAGGGGAAGAAAAUACAUGAGUACCCAUGGAAACCAUUUCAGCACUUGGAUCAACUACAGGAAACUUCAACUGAGCCAAAUAUUAUACAAAGUGUUAACUUGACUGGUAACAAUCCAUCAGAUGAUGAUACAUCUCUUAACACUCUUAUCCCACAAAUAACUUUCUCCUUAAUUUGUGACGAAGAAGAAAGCGCUUUCAUGAAUAAUGAUAGUGACGAAGAAAAUGCAGAUCAUUGUUUGUUUUCCCGAGAUUGCAGAAAGGAUUUUGACAGGAGUUAUUCGAUGAAUGAACUUUCAUCUCUGAGGUCAAAAACAGAAUCUAUAAGUUCCAAUUCUCAGCUUUCCAAAAGCUUUGAACUUGUACCUUCGGAACAUUCAGCGUUUCAGGAUGUUAUACCAAAGAGAAUACAGCAUGCUGUAAGUGAACCAAAUCUACAACAAUACCAUCUGGACAGCAAUAAAAAUGAACCCAAGUUUCUAGAUGAAUGUUUGCCACACACACCGAAAAAGGAAACAGAUUCCACCAGCCCAAAAGAACAUUUAUUUUUCUCACCUAAAACUCAUUUCCAGCCGAUUCAGACACCUGUUGAGAAGAACAAUGAUACAAUCCCAGAUGCUUCCUCUUCAGACUUCCAUUUGCGAGAUCUUUUUGGAGGCUGUCCCAAAACAUCGAAAACACCCUACCAAAAGUUUCAAGAUGCUAGGUCAGACUCUAGUGAAGAAAGUUUCAUACCCAUGUUUAAACUGCGGAAAGAACAUGAUAAAUACAUUCAAACAAAUACUUCUAUUACAAAUCAACUAGAAGAACCAAACUUAGACGGUGAAGAAUAUGUUAAUAUUUGUAACAGAUGUGGGAAUGUCAUACAGGUCAGAAACUGGGGGCAUGAGGACAACAAGGAAUGUAUUUGUAUGGAGUUUUAUCAGAAUGCACUUGAGGACUUUGAUAUCUAUGGUUAUGUUGAUAGCUUAACUGUCUCUGAACAAAACACACCACAAAAUGUCCCCAAGGAUAUGAAAAAUGCUUGUACUGAUUCUGGUUAUGAAGAUUUUGACACAGGAGAUACAGGGUUUGAAGGUUCAAGAAAUGCUAGAUAUACAUUUUCAGGAGGACAUGUUCCUCCAGUUGCAAGUAUUCCUGCAGAUAACGCAUUCGAAUGUAUAACAGUAGAGAAGUCUUCUGGAGAGAAACAGAUAUUCAACAGGGAGGACGGCUGGGUUAUGUAUAAGGUUGAAGGAGGUUUAGGUCUGCAGUGCUUAAACGAGGCUCAUAUACGGAAAAAUUUGAAGUAUGCAAAGGCUGGGAAAGAGGAGGAGGAUGUUGAGGAGGAUGAAGUAGAGGAUGGUGAAGAAUUUCUUAUGCAUCAGGUAGAAGAAGAAUGGCUUCUAAAUGGGUAUUACUGUGAAGGGGAGCUCUCAGAUGACACAAACAACUUUGAAUACCCAGUCACACACAGUGUUUGGAGUACUGGGCAAGAUUCGAAGACCAGAGAAGAACAAAUUUUUAUAGAUCAACAAUUUUCUGAGAGAGAGGCUUGUAUUGAACCAUGCAUGAGAAAGCUAUCGCUGUCUAGUUAUUCAAUGAAUCCAUAUGCCUCUGAGAAUAGUAUGUGCAUAAGGGAUUUUGCUCAAGAAAUUGUGCAACCAAGAGAUGGGGAAUGCAUUCAGAAAGAUACAAGUAAAUUGGGUGAGGAUGAAGAAAAUAUGUCCAAUUUUCGGUUUGCUGAAAGGUUUCGUCCAACAGAGAACACCAACAUGACUUAUGGAGCAGCCAUUGAGGGAGAACAAGGUGCUCCCCGACUUCAAUCAAACCAGGAGGAUGAGGAUGUUGUAAAAGUGAAACUAGUUUUCCACCAGAGAGGGAAUGCACAUGUUAACUUUGGCAAUCAGGACAUGUACUCCAAUACAGAGCUACAGGAGAAUAUUGAUCCCCAGAUUUUUAUGCCGAUGCCAAGCCAAGCUGUCUUUUCCACAGAUCUGGAAGAGGAGUGGCUGAAAGGAAAACAUGAUGAAAAAGAUAUGACUUCGCUAUCUUCAUUGAAGGGAGCAGGUGGGAAAAAGAAACCUUGCAGCUUCUUCAUGGAGGGAAUCUGUCGACGGAUGGACUGUAAAUUUGCCCACGAUGUGUCCAAUAUCACCUGUCGGUUCUGGGAAGAGGGAGAUUGCUUCAAGGCUGAGAUGUGUCCUUUCUUGCAUGGAUAUUAUCCAAAAGUUAAAGGUGAAGCUUCAGGAAGGAAACCAAAGGGUUCAAAAUUUGAAUUCCAGGCUGAGGACUUCCCAGAUUUGAGAAAAGUCAUAAAGGAUGGUGAUUGCAAGUCCAAGACUGUGCAUGCCAAGAAAGUAGCAUAUUUUGAUGCAAAAGCAAGUAACAAAAGCAGCAAAAGAGCACAAACGAGGUCGGGAGAAAAAGGAAAAGCUGCUCUACAAAAGCCGCAGUGUGAGGGGAAAACCCGCUCACAAACGAACAUAAAAUGUACAGCCUUCCCCAGUAAGACUACCUCUAGCAGUGCUCCCAAAAAUAAACAGUGACUCUGUGUUUAUCUAGUCAUACUGCAAAGUAGAUGACUAUUUGCUUUGUUGUAAUUGGAAGCUUUCUUUGUGGUUUUUCAUGAAAACUGAAAGAUCACUGUUGUGGCCAUUUUUAAGUACUUGCCAAAAACAAAGCUUCUAAAUGCUGUCUUUUGUUGGUUCAUAUUAGAAUCUUUCGUUCUAACAAUGUUAUGUAGAUUAUAAAAUGUAUUCAUAUGUAUGUAUAUUCAUGAAAAAAAAAGCUAUUCAGUGUCUAGCCAGUGCACACAAUUACCUUGUGUCAUCAUGUGUUGCUUUUGCUCAGAUUAAUAACCAGUAUUUUAAAUUCAAAAUUUCUUUUGUUUUUUUUUUUUGUUUUUUUUUUUUUUUAUUGAAUUUUGGUGCUUUUCCAGAUAAAAUUUUUUAUUUGCUUUGAAAAUUGGCCACAUGUUUUUUUUAUUUCAAUUUUUACAAUGAAGAAAAAUAUUUUUGAAUGAAUGAACACUUACAUUGAUAAGUGUACAUAUCUAUUAAAAAAAUAAACACCAAAUAUUUACCAAUUAAUAACAAAAAUCAACAUCAGCACUUGCUUUGCAUACAUGUUAUGCUUCUUUGACUACUGUUCUCCCAAUAUUAUUGUUUAGUGCUGAGAGUAAAAAUCUAAUCAUCUUGUGUUUAUACAGAUUAAUAACAUUCCUUCUAUUCAAAAAGUCAUAUGACUGCCUCUUGCAAAACUGUUUUGUCUCCAAGAAAACAGAAUCAAUACUUAAAAGGUGAUUGGUAAAUGUUAUAUUACUGUUCACAAAUGUUAUAUUACUGUUCAACGAAGAUUAUCAACUGCUAUAUGCUCUGGUUAGAUAUGACUUGUGUGUACAUUUUGUUAUUGUAUAGAACUUCUGUGACUGUGUUUCAACUUAUUAUGGUUAAUGUAGGGGCUGCAGUGAAUACCACAGUAAUGUAAGUCUGUAGUUACCCUGAAAUAUUUACAUUACAUUAUUCACCAGUCUGGACACAAAGGUAACAAGUGAUGACUAUUAUUCAAAUUUGAUUGCAGCAUAGCACACAGUUGUGUCACAUGCAUGUUGAUAUAUCUUUUUGGGAUUUGACAUGUUAAUGAUACGUUAUAGUGAGAGAGCACCUGCAAUAGUAAAUCUAAAGUGGAAAGUGUAUAAAUGGCUGUUGUAAUUUUCAGUGAUGUAUUUGAUGUUUUGAGAGAAUGCUUUAUAGACGUACCAAAAAAGUACUUGGGAGAUGUACUCUAGUUGUAUAUAUUUUUACAGUCUUGAAAGAGAUGUUUGUAUAUAUGUGGUUGAUGUGGUGAUUGCUGUAUAAUUAAUCUAGCAUUGAAUAGUAAUAUACAGUAAUUUUUAAUGAAAAAUCUUUGCGGGGCACAAGGAAAGCCGUAAAUUUAGACUGAUCUUGUAAAGUUUAAAGUGUACUUGUUAGAUACACCAGAUGACAAUGACAAGUCUUUUUUUUAAUCAUCUGAAAGAUUGGAUGUUUGUAGAAAGCAAAAUCAGUAUUAAAAUGUUUGAACAAUUUCCUUGAUAACAAUUCAAAAACAGGUUGGGAUAGCAAGAAUAUGUGUUUCUUUUAAAAACAGGAGUUGGUCAGAAUCAAUCUGAUGUACAGAUUUUGAGAUCAUGUCUGAGAACCCAAAUCCCCCAAAGCAUAAAAAGAUAUAAUUAUAUAGUAUUAUGAUAAUAUAUAUUUUUCCUUUAUGAAAAGAGCACCUAAGUGUUGGCCUUUUUCUAUACAUUAAGUAUAGCACCAGUCCAAGCACUUUUAUAUAUAUGUUUGUGUAUAAACCUAAUGAGAUGAAAUGGUAGAAUAAUCUACUCUGCAAAUCCCUGCUACAUUUGUUUCCAAGGGGAAAUUUGCUUCCAAUUCCACUAUUUUUAAACAGAAAUGAAACUAGUCAUGAUAACUGUAUUGGAAAUGUCUGCUUGGUUGUAUUUCAGUGAACUUUAUUCUCUUAACAUAAUUAAUUCCAAAUGACCAUGACAGAGAAGUGUCGGAGACAUUUUACAGGUUAUGUGUCCCGACAUUUAACAAAGAUUUUAUCACUUGUGUGUUAAUGACAUUAAUGACUUGAAUACUGAAUGGAAAUGAUUAGCGAAUGGUCUUAUAGAAAAUGAAUAAGUUAUAAACUUGAAUGUCAUCACUGGAAUAUUGCCAAGCUGCAAGCAAUUUCAUUGUCGAGUAAACCAUUGAACAGGGGAUACCAUACUUUUGUUGCCAAGAAAAAAUAUUAUUUUACAUAGGUUAUGAACUUAUGAUAUGGUAUUAUUUCGAAAUGCAUUAGAAAUGGUUAAUAUUUUUUCACAGAACUAAAAUAAGAUAUUUAUACAUGUUCAAUCUGUGUGCUGAAUUUUUUUUUUUAUCUAUCAAACUAACAUACAGGAAAUGAUCCUGUAUACUUUUGGAUCGGUUUUUAUGCCUAAGAUGAAUAUUUACAGAUCUAAUGCAAAAUACUUUUUCUGUCCAGAUGAUUUGAUUUGGCAACAUGAUAUUGUUUACUCGACAAUGAACUUGCUAAUGUAUUAAGUAAAAGACAUUUCUGUAUUGCAGAUUAUGUAGGCUUCUGCUAGGAAAAGAUACUGGAAAAAUUGUGAUAAUCUAAUGAUGAAUAAUAGUGUUAUAUAUAAUGUAAAUGUGUAAACUUUGUAAUCGUGUGUGAUAAAAAUUUUGAAUGCAUGUUGUGAAUAUAUUAAGAGGAUAUCUAGUGAGGAAUGUUUAUUACAAAAUACAUUAAUUGGUUUCAAAGAGUCGACAUAAAAGUUUAGAAGGGGCAAGGUAAAAUAUAAAGUAAUUGUUAUUCACAAAUCACUUUUAUUGCUCAAAUGACCAGAAAUUUUAAAAAGAAGAUAAUGAUCAUCACAUGAAAAGUUACUCCACACCACAAAAACUUCAAUAGUGAUGUAACACUACACCAUAUUUUGUUACCCCACGCCACAAAAACUUCAAUAGUGAUUUAACACUUCACUGUAUUUUACUUUUAUUUAACUGGGAGAGAUGUAUCCAAGAAAGUAAUGAGAGAAAUAUAUAUAUAUGGUUGUAUGCAUGAGAGAACUUUUUAUGUAAAUUAUUAAAUGAUUAUGGAUGGAAAGAGUGUUAAAAUGUUCAAAUAAUAUGAAUUGAUAGAUGAUGCUCCAUAAUCUGUGCUGCAAUGGAAUUAGGGAUGUAGUUAUCCUGAUAAUCCAUAGAGGAACAAAUGAAGUGUUUACACAUUAAGCUAUUUAAUUGUUGUCACUCAUUACAAGUGAUAAACAAAUUAAAUCAAAUGUAAAAAUAACAGAUGUUCAGAGAUAUUUUCCCUGAUCAAUUAAAAAUUUCUUGUUAAUCACUUGCAACUUGUUACCUCCAUAUUCCUUAUAACGAAAAAAAUAAAAAAACAAGAUAAUUUAAUGGGGAAAAAAAUCUUUAAAAAAAAGUGCUAGAACUUUUUGUGACUCUGCAACAUGGUCAUACAGUACUUAUUUAUAUUGUCUGUUUUUAUAGAAUUGUUAGUCUGCCACACAUUUAAUGGGGCAGAUUAUGUUUGAACAAAAACUUGAGGUUUAAUGAACUAAUAAAUGGCCAUGUGUAAAGAUGAAUAUCCAGUUUGAAGGCUAGCAAAUGAAACAUUUUAUUGGUAGAUAUAUUUGGGAAAUUGAAUUCUUUCUUUCAUGUAUUUCAGAUUCGUGAAAAUGUAUGCAUCUGAUAUGCGAUGUAGAAAAUUAAGAAAAAUGACAUUUUGUGUCUUUUAUCUGUUAGUUUCAGUGUUUUUUGUUUGUUUGUUUUCUGAUAUGAUAAAGUUUGACAUAACUGGAGAUUAAAUAGUUUCCAAAGUUACAAAAUAAUAAGUCUCCUAGAUUAAAAGAAACAAUAUAAAUGAGUCAGGAAGGGAAGCCUUUUGAAUUAUCCGAAAUCCUGAUUAAGAUAAAUCAUAUUGAUAUCAAUUAAUAGUCAGAAGUGUUAAGUUUGUUAAAUGUUGUGUUUUCUGUGAAAGACAACUUGUUGUUCAUGUUUACUGUUAUUUAUAUAUUGUAUAGAUAUAAAUGGUGUACUUUUUCAAGUGUUACCAAAAGAAUGGCUACAGUGUUUUCGAAAGAGAAAAAAAAUGUUCUUUUGAAUUUUCAACGUGACUUUCCUUUCGUGACUCAAGAUUAGUAUUGUGUCGCUAACAAAGUUUUCCUGUGACAAAAGCAAUAAUUUUUGGGAAUAGAGGGAAUAUAAUUAAUGUUUUGUCACAGUAUUCAAUAUUUUGAACAUUUUAUGCAGCCUUGUGUCGAUUGCAAAUCUAAAUCAAAGAUGAUGUAAUGUAUUUUAAGUUAUAAGAAAAGUCUUAUGACUGAGAAAAUAGAUGAUUGAACAUGAUAUAUGAAAUAUUGUAUACAUAGAAACUUACAGGAAGAGAAACUUCCACUCUCUCACAAACGAUACUUUUCGUCCCAUUUAAAUUUCUCCUGGAGAUGUAUAAACUAGGGAGUUAAAAACUUUUGCAACAUUGUCAACUCAAGUGAGUUUGCCCAGGUCUUGUUGGGCAAAAGUGGCCGAAGUUAUAAGGGGAGAAUGGUAUAUAUAAUAAUAUCAUACUUCUAUAUAGAAAAUUAUAUGAUGUUGCAAUACAUUUCAAACAUUUUUAUAUUACAUGUACUGACAUUGAAAAUCAUCUAACAUACCUUCCUAAUAUUUGAAGUCUUGCCUCACAAAGGUAAAUUUAAACUAUGGAGAGAAUGCUCCAUUUAUUUAUUUUAUUUUGUUUUUUGUUUUUUGUUUGUUCUUUUUUUUUAAGAAAAUAAGCAUGAUUCAAAUAAGGAUCUUCCAAUGGAAGAAACAAUGGAUAAGAGACAGUACGUAAUAUGAGUGCAGAAGAAGUACGAAGAAAGUCAUACAAACUCAUUCACAUCCCAGAGAUACGUUUUAUUGUCGUCAGGAAGAAAGGAAUAGACCCAUACUUAAUGUACAACAAUGGCACUUGUUUUGUUUGUGAAGGUUCUUGUUUCUUUUUUCUUACUUUUUUUUUCAUGGUAUUUAUAAUACUCAUUAUUUUCGUCAUUUUGUACAGAUUAUCGUUGCCUAGUCUUUUCAUUUGCCUUGUUUUUGAAUCUGAUGUUCAGCUGAAGCUGUAUUUUUGUGAUUUGCCACAUGUAUCUCAGUCUUGAUAUAAACAUGUUAAGGGCCUCCAGUGUCGUCAGCUGUUGUCUAAUAAGACAUUGUAAACUGUUAGUUGUAUUAUUUUUCUAUUUAUGUUAGAUCUUUGCACAUUUGUUUUAAGCAUAACAUGUUGAUUAUCUGGCAAAAUGUCAUAGUUCCCCAUUUGUAAGAGUUUUUUUUUAUUGUCGCCUAGAUUUUUAGAAUUCCCCCAUUGUUUCUACUAAAUAUUGCCUAUACCACACAAUGUAUCAUCUGAAUAAUAAAUGUAUACAUGUUUGUAAUAUUCACAAAGUUUGAAGCAAUACAUAAGCAGAUUGUAUUGAUCUUUUUUACAUCAAGGUAACAAUUUGGAGCAGUUCCUUUUAUUUCAUCAUAAUAUUGGUAUGUAUUUAAUCUUUCAGGUAACAUAUCCUUCAUUUUUUUCCAUUGAUAUCAAGUUUAACAUUGUUUUUGCAAUGUUUUUGCAAAUAUACAUUCAAACUUUAUUUUUCAUGAUUUUUUUCCCAUAGUAUAUUAGGAAUAUUGUGAUCCUUCUUGAUAAAUAUGCAGAGCAUAGGUUUCAACGUUUAAUCCACCAUAUAUAGAAAAACGUGAAAUAAAUUAACAUCCUGUCAGAGAGUAAGUUAUGUUUACUUCUCGUAUUCAAUUCUUUGUACUUAGUCUGUGCUAGUUAAUAACUAAAAAAAUUUGUGUGAAGACUUGUGUUUUAAGACAGUUCUUACCUACAAGUGUCAAUUUUCUUGUUGAGAAACAUAGGGAUUUCAUUAUUUUCUGGAUAAAUAUAUUAAAUGAAAUUGAGGGGAGAAAAAUAAACUGUGUUUAAGGAAAAGGAUAGGACUUCUAACAACACAGAAUCUCAAAAUUAGUUUUUUAUUUACUUAAUGAUUGAAGUAUAUUGAUAACCUAUCUGACAGGUCAUCUACUAGUAUAACAGACAUGUGUUAUCGAGUGUCUUACUAAUAUUUGUAGAUUCAAAUGUUUGCAGAAUAAUAUCACUGUUUAUAUAUACGUGUGUAUAUGAUUUUCUAUAAAAAGUAUGAAAAAAAAAUAUUUAAAAGAAUGAGAGUUCUGUGAAUCACGUAUCAUUGUGAGAAAGUGAAUUUGUUGACUGAAUAUUUCUUGGAAAGCCCCUCAUCAGAAAUAAGCUGAUUUAGUGGGCUAUUCAAUCACCAACAACAGGCUGAAGAAAAUGCCUGUUUUCUGUAUCGUUUGUUUUGUAUUUAAUUUCUCGUGUUUGUCGUAUAGGUCUGUGUUUGUCAUCAUAUGGGGUUAUACAUUUCUUGUUUAGAUUUUAAUUCCAUGUGAUCUGAACAUCUGCAUUGUGUCGCGGUGACAAAAACAAAACUAAAAAACCCACUUUGAAGCUGAAAAUCUGAUAAAUUUCAAAAUAAAAAUUGUCUUGUUUGGCAGAGAAAACUGUUUUCUUUGCACAAAAUACAAAACAAUAAAUAUUAAGUGCUACUUUUAUUUAUCAAAAUUAAUAUAUUUUUGAAACUAAAAAUUCUGCAAAUUUUUGGCUGAAUUGUUAUUGCUUACAAAAAGCAAUGUUGAAAUCGGUGAAAUAUUAAUGAUGGAAUCACUAUAUAUUUUUUUUUAUGCCAUCUAUAAUUCAAUCAACCCUGGUUUCUAUGUGAAAACACAUGUUCAUCAAAAGUGUUUUAAUGUACAUGUUUUUUGUUUGAAAUUUAAAAUGUUAUGAUAUCUAUGUGCUGUGUACAUCAUUUCAAGAAUGGUUAGAUUGCAAGUGUGUUAUGACAAUAAAAUCAUCUAUAAAGUCUUCAUUUAAAGAAGAUACACAUUUAUGUCAAGUUUUCUGGAUAAUUCCCUGCAAAUUUCAGUUGAAGGUAUGAAAUUUAGCAGUAUUUUUGUUGAUUGAAUAUUCUUUUAUUUUGCAAAAGUAAAUGAAUACGAGAUGGAAAAAAAUCACACAUCACACAUAUGCAAUAUAUUUGUUAAUGCAUAUGUGUAACAAUUAGAAGGAAUUUUUUUAAUUUGUGCAUGUGUGACAAAAAAAAUUAAAAUAAAACUAACUUCAUUGAAGUUAUUCACAGUAGUAGAUGAAGACAAAGUAGCAAUAAAAAGGUUGCCUAACAAUAAGGCCUGCUGGUAUACAUAAUUAUUCCAGAGAUGGUCAAUAAGGCCUACUGGUAUACAUAAUUAUUCCGGAGAUGGUCAAUAAGCAGGUAUUCAUUCGUAUGAAAACCGCAGUCGUUUUAGACUAGUGGUGAUCUGUAAUAUUUCCGAGAUAACCACUUAUAAGAGAUUGAUGUGAAACUUGGUUAGCGUUUUAUGUAAUAAUUAGACUACUCUAACCAGUACAAUAAGGCGUAAGUAUGUGGUUCAGGUUGGUGUUGUCCAGUAUAUGGACGAAGUGUUGUUGUUAGUGAAAACAUCACCUGUCAGAGACAAUAAAAGACUUCCAAACACCUCUGUUGCACCUUUGUGUGGCAGAAUGUGUGAUUGGCUGGUAUGAUAUUGUCAGAAUAAAGGAAGAAGUGAA